AUGAAAAUGCGUAUCUUCCCGUCUCUCUCGUUAAAAGUUACCGGACUCUGCCCAAGCGAAUUGUACACCUUUUUCAUCGACAUGGUACUGGUUCAACCAAACGUCUUUAAGCACAACGCAGGCCAAUGGGUCGUCAGCGGACAGGCCGAUGAAUAUCCGCCGCAGCAGCUCAAUUGCCCCCUGAUCUACAUUCAAGAGGACUCACCAAAACUUGGCUCAUAUUGGAUGGAGUCAGGUGUCAAUUUUACCAGGGUGAAGAUAACUAAUAGUAAAACUUCAAAAAGCAGUGACAACAUGAUCUACGUCUACAGCAUGCACCAAUACUUGCCGCGAAUCCACAUCGCUCGCAAGCUCGACCCCAUCCAUCCCGCCAGAACAUGCGGCCUCGAGUCCUCUCGCUUCGGCCUGUCCGGCAAUCAUGCCGCCUCCGCAAGGCCGGCUGGGAUGGGCCUCGAACUGGUCGGCUCCUACGUCAUUCCGGGCACCCAGUUUCACACAGUCACGGCCUACCAGAAUCCCGAUGUGAUUCGCGUGAAGAUCGAGAACAAUCCGUUCGCGAAGGGAUUCCGUAACCGACAGGAUGAGCUGAAAAAUGAGGAGAUGUGCGGCAGUGCCGGCACACGAGCAGAUGUCUUUCUGUAG